ACAACAAUAGCCACAGCGCGCAACAGAUGCAAGGAGGCCCACCCCCCAAGGGCCAGCGGGAACCGAACUCGGGAGGCCGGAACAGGGGAGGUCGUGGUGGAGGUGGAGGCGGAGGUGGAGGUAAGCAUAAACAAAAUCAGAAUCAGGCAGCUGCAGGCGGCGCCAUCAAUUCUAACAGCGGCGGCAACAAAGCUGCCGAACUUCACCACGGAGGUGGGGGUGGAGCUCCACCGGUGUCCUCGGCUGUUGUGGCGCCAAAGGAGGGCCUGGUCAAUGGGUCCUCUUAGAAGUUGCUGUUGGCAGACGCUGCUCAUAGUGCUGCUGCUCCCAAACAUAAUGGCUCUGACACCACUAUGAUGAUUGGUGGUGGCCAACCGCUUUUACUGCUGGUGGGAGCAUAAAACUAAAAAGAUGAUGAAUACUACUAUCACUACUACUACUUGUAACAGCAAUUAUUAAAAGAAAUGCUACUACUACUACUAUUACUAAAACAUACAUACAACACUUAUAAUAAAUGAAGUGAAUAAUGAAAAAGGCAACAAAAACAUACACAACAAACAGAAUAUUAGCAGAGAGAAGAAGCGGCUCGACAAAACUACCGAUUACUACUUGAAGUAUAUUUGCGUGUAUUCUCAAAUUAAACGGAAGAAAUCAAACGCUAGAGGAGGCAGUUAGAUUAUUAGCAAAAAAAGGUACACCACCACCGGAGACCUUUUACACAAUACCUACUACAUACCAGAGAACGGAAGCAUAUAGAUGAUACAAACAAAAUAUCACAAGCAAACAUUGAAGCCAAGAUGUUGGAACACUAGCUGUAUAGAGAACCAAGAAGAGAGCAACCCUUUGUGUAAAUGUGUAAAAAAUAUGAAGCAUAUUAUUAAAAUACAAACAAAACAAAAAAAA